GCCCAGUCAUACUUGUGACCAGUUUUCAGGAUGGGGAACGUAACUGGGCGAAGGAAUUGACAACGACAUUUUGGGAUCCAGGAAUAGCAAGUUGGGAUACCACGGAAUUGCAAGGAAGAGCCAUUCUUCGUCAGGUGUGGGGUGUGGUAAUAGGAAAAUGUUGUCGCGCUGCCUAUUGGGGGCGUGGCUUGUCACCCUGGUAACCACAGGGUUGGCGCAAACCCCCGCAACUCUUCGUCAAACGACAUGCACUAACCGAGUGGUUGAGAUCAUCCCUGAUGCAGACGCUGUGAUUGGUGGGCUGUUCGCCAUCCACUCUGACACCUCAGCCAAUGGGUAUGGAUGUGGACCACCCAUUUCUGAUUCGAUGCAGGGUUUUGAGGCCACCCGGUGGAUUUUGGAUUUGCUGAACAAGAAAAAUAUCACGAUCAACAAUCAGCUGCAGGUGGAUAGUUACAUUCCAGGUGUUAAACUAGGUAUGAGGGUGAUGGACACCUGUAUGAGAGCAGAGAAGGCCCUAGGUGGGGCCACUGAGCUUUUCCCGCGUCUGGGUGGUAGUGAGCAAACCUGUUCUCAGACAAAUAAAGCCAUGCUGGGCAUCAUUGACAUGAAUCCCAGCCCAGUUGCAGCAGAAUUAGCUGAGUUGGGGGAGCAGUAUAACCUUCCUGUUGUGUCAUUCGCCGCCACGUCAUCAGAUCUGAGCAACAAACUGAAAUAUCCAAAUUUCAUGAGAACCAUUCAGCCCGAGAGGAAAGGACUGACAAGGGCAGUGAAUGAGGUUCUUCGCCACCUAAAGUGGACGUACAUCACAGCGGUGUACACAGACGACCUCAGAUCUAUGGAGUACUACCGGGAAUUCGUACAAAAUGUGGGCGGGUCGGGCGUAUGUGUGGGAUCCGCAGUCCGUCUGGCACACGACAACACCAGCACAGCCACCAUGAAUGCAGCGCUGAACAGACUUCUUCAAGCCAAUGCCACUGGUGUCGUGUUUUUCGGAAAACCUGAAGUGGCAGAGAGUAUCUUGAGGGCAGCGAACGGUUACACGAAUGCAGGAAAACUGCAGUGGGUAUUUGCAGACAGUAUCAGCAUUAGCUCCCUUUUCCCAGGUCUAACUUACCCACGUGGGAUCAUCGCCGUCCAGCCAUUUUCCCGGACAAUGGCCGAGUUUGAGGACCACUGGGUGCAACUCAACGAGCUCUCCCCGCCAGUUGAUGACCCGUGGUUUGCAGAAUGGUACAUGACGGAGUAUCAGUGUAACCUUCCCACAAUGAACAUGGGCCACCCAAGGGAGUGCUUGAUUAUUGACGAGACAACAAAGCGCUCCCGGUUUGUCCAAGGGCGUCUCGUGGAGCCUGCCGUCCUCGCCGUCUACACAUACGCCCGUGCUCUGCGCAAGGCCCAUGCCGAUCUCUGUCAGGGCGUGUCUGGUAUGUGUGCCAAUCUCCGGUCUCUGACCUCAAAGCAGUUUUAUGAGAACUACCUGCAGAAGGUUAACUUCACGUUCAUGACCCCAGAGAGAGUGCCCAGUUUGUCCACACCCAACUCUCAACCCUACUUGGCCCCCGAGAGGCUCCAAUUUGACAGUAACCUGGACAUUGUUAAUUCCGCCUACAAGAUCUUCAACUUUAACAACCAGCAGGGAAUUUACAAAUUCAUACGGGUUGCCACAGUUCUGGGAAAGAAUGAACCAGUCAUAUUUACGGGACUGCAGAUGUUUGAUGAAUCACGGACGACUGUGCAGACAAAUCCCCCAGCAUCCUCUUGCCCCACUUCAGGCUGUGAACUUUGCCAGGGUCCAGAGUAUCAGGCUAAAUAUCUUUUCCUGGAUGGAGACAUUAUUCUGAAUGGACUCUUUACUGUGCAUCGUGCUGGGCCGACGGCACUCUCCUGCGGUCCUUUGUCAGAGUUCAGUCCCUUGAUUGUGGAGGCGAUGAAAUGGGCCGUGGAGAAUAAAGCCCCAGCGCGUCUCAGUGGUGUAAAGCUGGGAAUGCUUGCCUUCGACGAUUGUCAGAGCUCACUCAUCGGCAAAAAUUUGGCAUAUGGAGCUUCUUCAGGAAUGAUGCGAAUCGAAGACGGAACUGGAAGUUUGCUAGAGCCGCAGAAAAUAGAAGGUUACCUGGCAGCUGCCUCGUCAAGUAGGACGAUAGACUUUUCUGAGUUCAUAAACCGUGUCCGCAAGCCUCAAAUAUCGUAUGCAGCCACUAGCCCUGUUUUAUCCAAUCAGAAAGAGUUUCCCUAUUUUCUGCGCACCAUUCCAUCUGAUACUUCACAGAUUCGAGCAAUUGUCAUGAUGCUAAAACUGUUGGGAUGGCAUAAUGUCCAGGCCGUGCAGGAUGCAACUUCUUACGGACGGGACGGAAUCAAUGAGCUGAAGCGAAUUGGUGCACAGGAAGGGAUCUGCAUUGUCGCUGUUCAUGAAGCUGAAACUGACGGCAACAUGACGGAUAUUAUUGAGCGUCUGCGCGCGAGACCCUGGUCACAACCAGUGGUGCUGUACAUGCAGAGUCAAGCAAUCAAAGACUUCUUAAGGGCUUACAACAGCAUGGGUGCGAAGGGCGAAUUUGUUUUGAUCGGUUCAGAGACCUGGGGCAAAAACAAGGACAUUUUGGCAGGAAUGGGUGACGUUGCAGAGGGCUCAAUAACCGUUCAACCGGUGGACUUGGUUUUCGAUGGCUUCAAAUCAUAUCUGGCAGGCCUUGAUGCGCGUACAUAUCUCACCAACCCGUGGUUUGCUGAGCAGUAUGAGAUGCUCAACAACUGUAGCAUUGACUCUCGGAACCCGAUGUACCCAACUCCUUGCUCAGACGGCCCGAUUGUUGACAACAAUGUGGAUCUAGAUGUGUACAGCCAGUACACCAUCGCAGCCGUCGAGACUUUUGCCAUCGGCCUUCAGAAAACCUUGGAAGUUUUCUGUGGGGUGGGGUAUCAAGGAGUUUGUAGCCAGUUCAUUACAGCCAGUAACAAGAUUGACAUCUUGAUGAAGAAUAUCGAAGAUGCCACAUUUUUCGAUGACCGCCAACCGAAAAACAGGGAGUUUGAAUUCUACAAUCGUUCGGGGAAUGUUGACUUCAUAAUCUACAGCGUGUCAGGACAAGGCCAAGACUACCGUCAGAUCGCCACGUACAAACCAAAGGAUAACCUCUUGGAACUUGAAGGAAGCUUGCAGAACAACAUUGACAGUAUCGUUUUGCCAGAUCCAAACAAACGCCCCAAUGACUGGAGGGCGGAAUGCCCAGGUUUGUGCCUCGAGUGCAUGUACAUGUUCUCUCACCAGCCAUAUAUGUACAAGCCAGGAGACAUCGUUCUGCCAGCCGUCUUUGAUGUUCACAAGUCUGGAGAGUUUCCAUUUUCCUGUGGAGAGCUUAGUGACAAUGGCUUCCUGAUAACUGAAGCUUUUGCCUUCGCUGUCGACACGGUGAAUGCUGGUACAGGCCCCGUAAAACUGAAUGCUGGCCAACUGGGGCAUCUUGUCUUUGAUGGUUGCACCAACCCGACAAGAAUAAAUCAACUGGUCACAAGUUUUGUAGGCUUUAGCGGGCUUGGCAUACAAGAGCUGGCCUCAGACCGCCACCCUGGCUGGAUGACCUUCAGUAACGAGGGGACUUUAGGGGUUGUUGAUGUACUACAGAAUCUCGGCAUUCCAUUGGUCAGUCCAGGGGCGACCUCUCCACUUUUGAACAGCAAACUCAAAUACCCAGGAACUUUCUACAGAACGGUGCCUUCAGAUAGCAAGAUUGCCAUGGCACUUUUGCAGAUUGCAAAAGAGAUGGGGUUCAAUUAUACAGUCACUGUGAAUGCCCCAGAUUCUGCCAGCCAGGCUCUUAAGCAAGAGUUCAAACGCAUGGCCAAAGACUAUGGAGUCUGCGUCGCUGCGUCUUACGAGUUUGGUAUUGAUGGAACAAGCGAUAUUAUCCUGAAAGCAAUCAAGGAGCACAAUACAGACAUCGUGUUUGUCUUCACAGAGUCUUUUUCUGAUUUGGAGAAUCUUUUGAACUCCAAGGAAAAGAGCACUCUGUAUAAGAACAUUGUGUUUCUGACUAACCAAGACCUGGAACAGCUCAUCGAGACCAGAAACACGUUUAUGAUUGACAAUGCCCACAAUUCCAUCUCAGUGGAUCUGGAGAGCUUCAAUGUGGAUGACCUUGAUGCAAGAUUGAGAGCACAGUACAAUGAGCCUUUUAAUGAUCAUGGAAACCCCUGGUUCAGAGAACAUUUCCAGAAUCGCUUCAAGUGCAGCUUUCCUGGAGACUGGACUUACUCCAGCGGGUGCAAUCAACAGACGGCCGUGUUCAAGCAAGGGAGAUGUGUGUUGCCAGUAAUCGAUGCCGUGUUCUCCUAUGCUCAAGCAGUCCACCGCACCCUGCAAGAGAAGUGUGGAUCUAACUACACAAGUGUUUGUCAGUCCUUUAGCAGGGCCGAUGAUGUACACUCCAGAAUCCUUGCAAAUUUGGCUCCGGUCAACUACUUCUAUCCCUUAAACCAACCAUUCAGCUUCCUUGGCCGAGAAUCCAGUCGAAAAAUCAGAGCGUUGAGAGUUAAAGAUUUGACUACUGAAGAGCUUGGGAAACUUAACCAAGAUGGCAGUAUUACUGCUAAUUUGGCCUCAAAUGCCCGAGCAAGGAGGUCAAAGUAUGGAGAUAGCCACGUUCGGUGCACAGGGCAGUGCUCACAGUGUGAAGUUCCCAGUGAAACGAGCGACAGAUUUACAUAUAUGAAUGCUGACAUUUUCAUUGGAGGGCUGUUUGAUGUCCACAAAGCAGGACCUACUCCAUUUACAUGUGGAAACAUCAACAAGAAACAUGGCUUCGCUCUGCUGGAGGCUUUCAACUUCGCUCUGGAAUAUGUAAAUAACAAGACAGGCCAGUUUAGCAAUAUCUUGAGGGGAAUCCGCUUUGGAGGUGCCGCAUUCGAUGUCUGCCAGCAACCCGACCGAGCUGGAAACAUUGUCGCGAACAUCCACAGCGGGAACCGCCCCAUGGUGGUGAAUGGACGAGUCAUUGACCCAGAGCGUUUCGAUGUCUACAUUGGACCAUUUGACUCGGAGUCGUCAAUCCGGGUUGCCGAUGUCCUCGAUGUCAUGGGAAUCCCACAGGUCAGCUACGGGGCUACGAGUCUGGAGCUACGUAAUGCCCGAGACUACCGCUACUUCCUGCGGUCCGUGCCAGCCGAUGACAAGCAAGCCCGAGCUUUGAUCUCGUACUUGAAGUUCGCUCACAUAAACUACGUCCAGGUCAUCAACACCUUUAACAGUGUUGGUGAAAAGGGCUUAGAAGAGUUCUUGAGAUUGGCCUACCUCAACAAGAUUUGUGUGGCCCAGAACAUUACCGUAGGCAUGGAUGGAUAUGUCGAUACCAAGGAAGCCACUGAGGCUGUGGGAAGGCUGGAAGCCCACAACCGUGCUACAACUGUUAUCCUUUUUGUGGAUGAACCACAAAUCAUUCUCCAGGCAAUAGAAAAGAAUCCAGCAAUCGGGGGCAAGUACCUGGUCAUUGGUACAGACAAGUGGGGAGCUGAUCCAGAAAUGCUGAUUGGUCUAAAGCAUACUCUUACCAAGGCCGUAACCUUUGACAUUGAAACUGCAGAUGUACCAGAAUUUGAUCGCUAUCUGGAAAUGAAGAAUCCUUCCACGUACAACACUAACCCAUGGUUUGAUGAAUACUAUGAGGCAGUCUUUGGUUGCCAGAUUCAAGGGUCUGGCACGCAGAAAUGUGAGGGUAUCCGCGGGAUCUCUCGGUCCCCAAAUUACCUCCAAGAUCCAUAUGCCCUCUACGUAAUUAAUGCUGUUUUCUCGGUGGCCAAGGGAGUCCACAACGCACUACUUGAGCACUGCGGACCUGGAUACAGUUUCGCCUGCGACAAUUUCAGAAUCAGUGGAGAACGGCGACAGAUGAUAUUGAGUGGGAUGAGGAAAGCAAAUUUCAGCGACUGGACAAGACAGCUCUUCUACUUCACCCCAGGGGGUGAGAGUGACCGUGGCUACCAUCUGUAUGAAGUCCAGUUUGACAGCAUCCUGAAUACUUAUGUCUAUGAAGAUGUUGGAAGCUACAAUGACACCCACUUCUUGAAGAUCGACGCAUCCUACACCAUGGAGCACCAUUCCAGCUGUAACACAGAGAUGCCUGGCGACUGUGUCGAGUGUCAGUUCCCCACUUACCAGCCUUCACGCUACAUGCUGAAACGCUCUACAGAAGACUUGAACGUUGUGGCAAUCCUAAACGUCCACAAGGCAGGCUCUAGCUCCUUAGAAUGUGGAGAGAUCAAUAUGGAAACAGGAUUCCAGAACCUCUUGGCGUUUUUCUACGCCAUCGACAUGGUUAACAGGAAUGCAGACGCCGUUUUGACGUCAACUCUGAAACUUGGAGGCCUAGCAUUGGAUACAUGCUCCUCCCCUAUACAGCUGGGGCAGGAUCUGUACAGCCUGCUCAGCGGUGAGGGACUCUGUGGGGUCAGCGGCCGCACCGGACAAAUCGUCGAUCCCUCCUCCAUCGUAGCUUACAUCCCCGAUGGAAACUCUAACUCCAUUAUCACCAGCAGCAUUAUGUCUCCACGUAAAAUCACCUCGUUUAGCCAGAGUGCCACAUCUGUCGAGCUUAGCGACAAGGACAUCCAUAGCCACUUCCUGCGGACUGUUCCACCGGAUGACAAACAGGCUCUUGUCAUGGUCGACAUUAUACACAGAAUGGGAUUCAACUUUGCCUCUGUCGUGUACAGCUACAACGACUAUGGGAAAAGCAGCGUUGAGUUUCUUCUGCAAAACGCUGAAGAUCGCAAUGCAACAACUUGCAUUGGCAAAGCCAUCGCGAUGUACCCCAACGCAACAGCUGAAGAUGCACAGAACGUGAUAACGGAGUUGAGAUCUGUUGUUGGAAGCCGAGCUGUGAUCCUUUUCCUGGACACUCACCAUAACCGUCUGCUUCUUGACGCUGCCAGCAAGAUGGGCGUUAGGAAUCGUUUUGUCUGGAUAGGCAGCGACACCUGGGGAGACAGCAGAUCUGUGGUCGAAGGCCUGGAGGAUUUUGCGCAGGGAGCAAUCACAAUCCAGAUCCGAUCAGAAACAGUGGAAGGAUUCAAAGCCUACAUGAGUGAUCUGUCUCUGACCAACCGCAAGGGCAUUCCAGAUGACUGGUUCGAAGAAUUCUACCAGCGUAAACAUCAGUGUCGCAUUCUCAAUAGUCAGGUCAGCCUGCCAUUUCCACAGAUCUGCAACGGUGCAGAGAAUAUAAAUAACAGCAUAGUGCAAAAUCCGUCAGUCCUCCACACCAUCAUAGCGACUUAUAUGAUUGCCCAGGGCAUCAACAGUAUAGCAGAGUGCAGCCAGACCAGCCUGAACAUCGCAGGCUGCCUGGAACUUCAACAAAACAAGAGAGACUUGAUUUACAAUGGUAUCUCGGAAGCAGAGUGGAAUGUUUUGCCUGAUGACUUAAAGAACAAUUCAUUUGUAUUCCGGCUGACACCCAGUAGCUAUGGAGCCAUAGAAUACAACAUUUUGAAUUACCAUAGAAACAAGAACACAGGACAGUUUGAGUACAAAAAGAUUGGCACUUGGCAAGAUGGCCUUAACUUGGACCCUGAGAUGUAUGUUGGGUCUUCCUCGUCUGCCCAGCUACCCUUGUCUCGCUGUCCCGUGGGUAGCCAGUGCAAGUGCCAGGCCACAGAAGGAAGGACCUACAACUUCCGCUCUGUUGCAUCCACUUCUUUAUACAUGAUCAAUUCAGGACAAGAAUAUGUGGAUCCAGUGUCUGGGAUGAGCGUCAGCGCUAACAGCCAACCUCAACUCGCUGAUCGCUUCGUACAGGCAUGGGGAACAAUCGUUGCUACCUGUGCCGCCAUAGGUCUCUUCCUGUCUCUCUGUCUGUUCAUUUAUCUGUUGAUCGUCUACCCAGUCCGAGACGGAACAUCCAUUCUGGGCUACCUGCUGGUGUUCGGACUGAUCAUCAUGUUCGCGAUGGUAUUCCCGUUCAUCCUCCAUGCUAACAACCACAUCUGCGGACUGAGGCGAUUCGGCCUUGGGGUGGCUUACAGCAUCUGCUUCGCUGCACUGUUUGUAAAGCUGGUGGACGCCUGGCGUACGCGACACAAGGCAGAAUUCACAGAAGUCAAAUACGAGAAACUUGGUCGUCCUAUGGGUCUUCUGUUCAUCGCAUUUUGUCUGAUUGGAAUCCAGGUUCUGAUUGCUGCGGAGUGGCUCAUCCUUCAGCACCCGACCUCUGAGUAUGUCAUCUACAGGGGCGUCCUAUGGCCUCGCUGCAGCCCUGACCAGGAUGUGGGCAUGAUGAAGAACUAUGACACGGGACUUAUCCUCUCUCUCGUCUACGUCAUGUUUCUCAUUUUCCUCUGCAUUGUCUUCGGUUUCUGCACAUGGGGCGCCCGCAAAAAUCACCGCGAGGCACGCUACAUUCUGGGCGUGUCACUAUUCAGCGUACUGGUAUGGAUUCCCUGGAGUUUGGCGUCCACACUGUCCGAGUACAAGGUGCGUGAUCCCGCCGUGGCCAUUGGACUGCUGGUGAACGCCUUUGUGAUCCUUUUCUUUAUACCGCUGAGGAAGCUCUAUCUGUUCAACCGUUACCAGAAGGACCUGAAGGAAGAAGAAAGCAACUCCCAUUACCUGAUUUCUACUUCGAAAACUGAUGACUAUUCUAUUGCCUACCCGUACGACCAGCAACAGAUGGUUUUCCACGACAACAACUCUCUACACAAUGGACGCUCCCAUAUAUCAAGAAGUGAAGUCCUUCAUUGACCAACUGAAUAAAGGGACUGCUUACACAAUGUAAAUGUUACAGCUUCAAAAAAUGCCCAGUUUUUGGCACCAACUUGGUUAUUGUUGUCUAGCGGGUCAUUUUAACGGCCCAUUAUGUUAGAACAAGUGUCAGAACACCUGUCAUAUAAGUGAAAUAUUUUUGAGUAUGGCGUAAAACACCCCAAUCAAAUAAAUAAAUGAAUAAAUAUUCUGCAACAGGACAUUGUUUGAAACAAUAAACUCUGUUUAUUCUGCAGAGUAGCUUUGUCUUCAUAAUGUAUUUGCAUGUAAAGGUCAACAGUCAUGUAAUGUGUCAAAUACUGGAGAAAAUAAAACCUAUUAAAGGAAAAAAAACUGUGUGCAACAUUUUUAAAAUUUUAACCAGCAAAUGAUAAAAAGCUAUAGUUUUAAUGAAUACGGCUUUACACCAUUAAAUUUGUUCCAUGUGGAUUUUUAAAUAGGUGCUUGGAUACAUAGAGAAAAGUCUAGAUUUUAGAUUUCUCAGUAUUGGUUAAUGUUGAACAGAACGAUAAUGGUUUCUCAUUGUUUUUGUAGUGAACAAAUUGUUGAGAGGUUAUUAAGCUGUGAUAUUUAUAUGAGGAUACUAAAUCAGCUAGGUGUAGGCCUAAAUGAUGGUAGGAUUUAAUACAGUGGCAAAAAAAAUCAAAAUUUUUAGGGUAUUUAAUUGAAGUAUAAUCAUUUUAGUCUCAAUUUAGGGUUAUAUCUUAAAGUACAUUUUAUACCUGUAUAUAGCGAGUGUUGUUGUUGUAAGGAAGGCCAUUUAUUGUACUUUAGAAUGUAACAAAAAAAUGUGGCAAAAUAAAGUUGCGUAAGAAGUUCAACUAUUACAAAAACAUUUCCAAAGAUAAAUAUUUUUACAGGCUUUGUAAAUUUUGCUUUCUGUCUUUAAUUAAUUUACAUCAAUUUCUUGUAAGUAUUUACAUCUUGCAAUUGUUACAUGUAUUCUGUACUGUUCAUAGUCAUCGAAUUAGUAUGCAACUAUGUUUGAGUCUAUUUUGUAUCAGACAUAGAGCGUCAAGAUGUGAAAAAAUUGAUGUAAAUAGUGUAAUUUGUGAUUUAUUUGUACAUCUCUUAUAUAUUUUUGUACCACACCAUUACAAGACAGAUAAC